AACUAUUAUUGCACUCGCAAAUCGGAUGACCGCAGACUAGUCGCAAACUCGCAUUGACCUUUUCAACCUCGCCGUGCAGAUUAUCUUCUUGGUAUAUUUUCGCAUAAACAACAUUUCCGAUUCUUCGCGCGGAGCUAUUAGUCAGUCCGCGAGUAGUAUCCGAUAAGACAAGAUGAUGCUGGAAGGAAGACUGGUUUUUUUGCUAUUCUACUCGACGUUGGCCAGCUGCAUUUUGGCACAGGCGAAUAAUGCAAAUUUGGAUUACGCCAGCUUUCCGGCUAAUGAAAACGGCACCUGUUACAAGCGAGUCCCGUACGACGAAGCGCUAGCCGUCAACAUUUCCAGAGGUAUCGUUAAAACGCGGCCGGGUUCACAGCAGGCUGGAGUAAAGACGAACUCCAAUCGCGGCUGGCUGACGAUAGUCGACUGCUGCGAGGGCUUCAUCCGCAACGAGAGCACAGGUAAGUGCGAGACGCACUGCGACGAGGGUUGCUUCGGGGGCACCUGCACGGGACCGAACGUCUGCACCUGCGAGGAUGGCUGGCGUCCAGAGGCUGGGGUCUGCAAGCCUAUCUGUCGUCGAGGCUGCGCUGAUAACGCGUACUGCUUCUCCCCGGACAUCUGCACCUGCAAGUUCGGCUACGAGGAGGAAGAGGGUAUCUGCAAGCCGGUCUGCAGACACGGCUGUAGGAAUGGACAGUGCGUUGCGCCUAGGGACUGCAGGUGUAAUCCCGGCUACUACCUGAACGAGACGCAGAGGUGCGAGCCAGUGUGCGAAGGAGGAUGCCCUCAUGGUCGGUGCAUCCAGCCUGGUAUCUGCGAGUGCAAUCGCGGAUACAUGAACUCCGAAAACGAUCCAGAGACCUGUACGCCCUCCUGUCCGGAUACCUGCACCAGCACCAACGGACGAUGUCACUCGCCCAACGUCUGCACCUGCGAUCCCGGCUACACCCAGACGCCGAGUGGUACCUGCAUCCCGGAAUGCCUGGGCGACUGUCCCAACGGCCGAUGCGUUGCUCCCGAGCAGUGCGAGUGUAACCAAGGCUUCGUUAUGAAUCGCCAGCUGAGAAGAUGCGUGGAAGCUCAGAAAGGCAGCGAUGGUUAUUACGAAAACUCUGCUGUCAACAGAUCGCGCUGGAACAAUAACCGGACGAUUCCACCCGAGACGACGUACGGAGGUCGGGGUACUUACCGACCAGAAGAGUCCAGUCAGCUGCGUGGUCCGGAGCAAGGCUUGAAGAGGCCGCAAAACUAUAGUGCCCAGCAGCCUGGAAGAGCUUAUGGUACUCAGGGUAUCGUUCAGAAUAGAAAUCGACCGGACAGCGAACAGGAAGAUACGUACGGUACCACUGGGCAGUACGAAGACGCAGUGACACUCAAUCAGACGCAAAAUAACAAUAGAGUUAUUGGCUUGAAGGGAGGUGUCAAUCGACAAAAUAUCCCAGGAACGUAUCCUACUUCUGAAAACAAUAAUCGUUAUACUGGAUAUAGAAAUAAUUCAACUGGUGGAAUACACCGACCUGCCAAUUCUCAAGGACCGUUUGCUCCUCUUGAGCCUUAUGAUCCUGAUGGUCAAAGAGUAAACGAAACGAAUCCACGAGAUCGUAAUCCACAGUACGAAACUUACGGAAACAGUCAAACACCCAGACCACUACGACCGGUCAAUCAACAAGGGCCGUUUCCCAGUCAAGGACCUUACCUAUCACAAGGUUAUUACAAUGAGACGCACGGUUCCGAUGGAAGGUACUAUGGGGACCGUCGAAAUAACCAGACACAAAGACCAUACCAAGGGCCCUACGGUUCGCAAGGGCCCUACCCUGGACAGGGACCCUACUCAACACCAGCACCUGGACAAGGUUUAUAUCCAAAACUGCCGCCCAUUCCAGGUCAAGACCCAUACGCAGAAGGCCCAUACUCUGGGCAAGGACCGCAUCCGACGCAAGAAACUUUCCCCGGGCAGGGGCCGUAUUCAACACCAGCUCCUGGGCAAGGUUUAUACCCGAAACUGCCGCGUAUACCUGGACAAGGACCUGUCUCGACGCACGACCCACGUGACUUCGAAAGUCCGUACGGGCCUCAGUACAACGGGCCAACACCAGAUCCUUUGGGAGCCCACGGGCUAAAUCCAUCACAGCGUCUUCCUGGAAAUAACCAGCCGUACCAGCCACUCGGACCUUACGGUAUCCCAGCACGUGGUCAGCCCGGCAAUCCACACGAAACCCUAGGCUUAAAGGGCGGCCGAAGACCCUGGCCGGACUCGAGCCGAAACCCUGGCGUGGACAUAGCUUACGGCGUCAACGAGAUGCUAAACCUUCCCCAGAAUGGCAACGUCAAUCCCAGACCAGGCCAAACAUCCGUGAUAGUCGGCCUCUACAAUCCGUACAAUCAGGUAGCACCAGGAGACGAUGGCACCGAUAAUAUCUACGUUCUAGAUCCGUCCAUGAAUCACGGCUUCUUCAAUCCGUUCCUGCCUCCCGGAAGUCCACCACAGCUCGAUCCCGGCUUCGCGCCAUUCAAACUUCCAGGUUACAGCCACUACCGGCCCACCUGCGAUUCGCCGUGCGUCAACAGCGUCUGCGUGGGGAACAACGUGUGCCAGUGCAAACCCGGCUACGAACCCGAUUCCAUAAACCCCAACGGCUUCAAAUGCGUACCGUCCUGUCCAGGUGGCUGCGUCAACGGUGUGUGCUCCGGACCCGACCUCUGCAUCUGCAACGCUGGAUUCGUCAAGGAACGAGGCGUCAAAGGCGCCCAGCGAUGCAUUCCCACUUAUUAUCUGCUAUCGACGAUAGGAGACAAAGGAUUUUCUCGGUGUCAUCAUUUUGUCCUCUCCUCAGUCUCGCGCUGGCCAGUGAGCGAGCAGCGAAACAUGGAGUUCUCGGCGAUCGUUUUAUUUGUUCUAGCGGUUAUUGUACGAACGGAGUCAGUUUACCACGUUUCCGAUUUCGCGAUUCACCGCAACUGCACAGAAGUUUUUAGUAUCACAACGCCGAAGUACGUGCCCUACGAGGAGAGCUAUCGGACCAGGAACUGGCUGGGCUUCACCAAAUGGAAAACUCGUACCAACUACAGAAUAGAGAACCACGUAAGCUACCAACGCCGGUCGGUCUGCUGCAGUGGCUACACGAACUACGGCUCGUCGAUGUGCAUCCCGCUGUGCAGCAAGAGCUGCGGCUCCUACGGAGUCUGCUCGCAACCGGAGACCUGCAAGUGCUUCCAGGGCUACAGCAUGGACCACUCGAUAAACGACUGUCGUCCCGUUUGCUCGAACGAAUGCGUCAACGGCAAGUGCACCGCUCCCAACACCUGCGUCUGCAACAACGGCUUCCACAAGCUGUCCGACGGCUACACCUGCAAGGCCACGUGCAACAACUGUACCAGCCUUGAGUUCUGCGUCGAGCCGCACAUCUGCAGGUGUAAGCUAGGCUAUCGCAGGUCAUCGUUGGAUCGACUGGAUUGGAUUAAGGAGGCAUCGCCGUGUGAGCCGAUCUGCGACAAGCCGUGCGUCAACGCCGACUGCGUCGCGCCUAACGUCUGCAAGUGCCACGAGGGUUACGAGGACCUGGACGACGAUGUCUACACCUGCGAGCCUAGGUGUAGCCACGGCUGCGGUUUGGACGGAUACUGCACUGCUCCAGAGACGUGCACUUGCAGAUCGGGUUACGAGCUUAGCCAUCCUGGCUCGAACAUCUGCAUACCGGUUUGCACCGACGAGUGUGUCAACGGAAACUGCGUCGCGCCGGAUCGAUGUAACUGCAAAGACGGCUACGAUAAGACCGGAAGCGACUUUGCCCACAUCUGCCAUCCUGUUUGCAACAGCAGAUGUACCAAUGCAUAUUGCUCGGAGCCCGACAAAUGCAUCUGUUAUCCUGGUUACGCCGCAACAAACGAUUUUCAGACCUGCGAACCCGUAUGCAAGGAAGCCUGCCACAUGGGGACCUGCACAGCUCCGGACACGUGUACCUGCCACGAGGGUUACAGGCUAUCCAAAGACAGCAACUUCAUCUGCGAACCUCAUUGUGACAGCGGUUGCGAUCACGGAUUAUGCUCGAAGCCCGACAAAUGCAUCUGUUAUCCUGGUUACGCCGCAACAAACGAUUUUCAGACCUGCGAACCCGUAUGCAAGGAAGCCUGCCACAUGGGGAUCUGCACAGCUCCGGACACGUGUACCUGCCACGAGGGUUACAGGCUAUCCAAAGACAGCAACUUCAUCUGCGAACCUCAUUGUGACAGCGGUUGCGAUCACGGAUUAUGCUCGAAGCCCGACAAAUGCAUCUGUUAUCCUGGUUACGCCGCAACAAACGAUUUUCAGACCUGCGAACCCGUAUGCAAGGAAGCCUGCCACAUGGGGACCUGCACAGCUCCGGACACGUGCACCUGCCACGAGGGUUACAGGCUAUCCGAAGACAGCAACUUUGUCUGCGAGCCGGUCUGCAGUCAGGACUGCAUCAACGGCAACUGCACGGCUCCGAACGAGUGCACGUGCGACGACGGCUACGAGAUGAAGAAUGGCAGCUCUAACAACUGCAUCGUCAUUUGCGAGUGCCAGAACGGCUUCUGCAACGACGACAGCUCGACCUGCGUGACUUGCUCGGAGGGCUUCGACCUGACCACCGUCGAGAGUAACUCCACGCUGUGUCAGCCGCACUGCGAAGGCAACUGCAGCUCGCACGGCCAGUGCGUCGAGCCUCAGAGCUGUGACUGCGACGAGAACUACGUCGCCGACAACGACACGCUCGGCAACCCCGUGUGCUUGCACGCCUGCGGUGGUGAUUGCCAACAUGGGACCUGCGAAGUCGGUACUGGUCUCUGCAGCUGCUACUACGGCUGGGCUGGAAAGUUCUGCGAGAAGGCAAUCGCCUGCGUCUUGCGUAUCUACAACGACACGAAGAUCAGUUGGAGACCGUCGGAGUGGGACGGUUACGACGACUCGGGGAACUGGACGGUCAAGGAGGAUCCUUGGACCGGACCCACCUGCCACGAGCGAUGCCUGCACGCGAUGGAUAACUCGACCAUGUGCCUGAACCAGACCGACGUCGAGGCUAACGACUGGCUCACCUGCUACAUGAGUAUAGAGUCGUCCUGCAACACCCACAGCGUUGUAAUGGCCAACCUCUACAAAUCCGACGCGAACGUCGUGACGAUCAUGGCGAGCUGCGCAAUCAUGCUGCUGAUGCUGGCGACUGUGGUCUCCGCGACCCUCAUUUUCAAGAAGAAGAAGAAGCAGAGGAGGGACACGAUAGCGAUGACGUCCAGCGAGCAAGAGCAGCCGGAAGCCGAAGAGGACCGUCUGAUAGAGAACGACACUGACGGCAUCAGUCUGUGACGGGCGGAAUGUACAGCAGCACUACUCUGCGUUCAACUGUAACUCAAAUGUAUAGCUUAGGAAUAAAUUUGCACGCCUUUGUAAGAA